AUGGCUUGUCGGCCGAAAUGGUCGGCGCUGAUGCUGGCGGUAACGAUUGUUACGCUCAGCUUAGCGAGCUUAGUGAAUCGGUGUUCUGGCGCAAGUAGCAGCAGCGGCGAGCUCGACGAUCUGAACGCGGAGGAAAGCAGAAAUUAUCGCGAGUUAUUGAAUAUUCCGAAAUUUGGUGACCGGUUGGCGCCUCGCAAUAGGCCCCACGUUGAGGAAGCCGGCAGUAGUGGUUCCGUGAUCGCGAGUGCUGUCGGACCCUCGCUGGCCGGGGGUGCUAGCAGCAGCGGAGGCAAAUUUCGGCGACAGCCAGCUCCCGGGAACGUCCAUCCCGGGGUGAGUCAUCGGAAUGCGGGAAGAUUUGGCACUGUUAGUGUUCUGAGCGGUGGUGCAAGCAAUCAGGAAGAGCUGCACACACUGGUGAAUGCGAAUGAUAUCAAGCGCAGUGAUGUGAUGGUUACUAGUGUUACUCAAAAUUUGGAGGAUCCGAAUGUUAACAGUGACUACUAUGCGGUAUCCGAUGAUGAACAGGACGACGAAGCCGGUCCCGAACACGAGGAUGACGAGGAAGGUGAAGAUGAAGAUGGUGAAGAGAUUGACAUCGAAGAAGAACAAAAGCACGACGAAGAUUUGACAGUGCAAGGCCGAAGUGCUACAAAUAGUGACGAGCAACAACAGCAUUUGCUGCUCGAAAGUGAUAGUAUUAAGGAUAACAGCUUGGCACUGCUGGUCGGCCAGCAGAAUGCCAGCAGCAGUAGUGGUGCGAAUGCGUCCUCGGCGCAAGCACAUCGACUAGAAAUGUCUACCGAAUUUUUCGUAGUGCCAUCGACAGCGGCUCCCGCUGCGUCCCGUUCGACAACUUUGCGUCCUGGCGGAGUAAUCUUAGCCGCUCGUACUCCAACGAGCCACCACAACAGCAACAGCAAUACUCACAAGCUGAACGUCACACCGCCAACCGUAGUUUCGACCAGUUAUCCGAGCGGCCUGCGGAAAGAACCCUGGGUAGUGCCGGUUUUGGUACUGGCCUCACUGUCGAUGAUCAUGAUGGCAGCCUUUGAAAUUUUUGUCCUUUGCAAGGCCUGGCGAACGUCUCCCAGUCGCCGGCAUUUGUUUCUUGGCCAGAUGCUACUUUUGGGAUUGUUUUCCUGCUCGGGACUAGCCGCGGUUCUGACUGUCAAUCCAACCGUACUUUCCUGUGCGACUAUGCGUUUCGGAGCCGGCGUUGCCUUCGCUCUUGUAUUUGCUUCUUUGCUGGUGAAAUGUGUUUUUCUUAUCAGCCUCAAUGGUGGAGUUUAUCUUCCGGCUCCGUACCAAGGGCUGCUUCUUCUGUUUGCCGUGCUUAUUCAAGUGGCCGUAGGGGCACAAUGGCUUUUGACGGAUCCACCGAUCGUUGAUCAGGUUCCAAUAUCCAACGGUGGCACUGCCAUUUCCAGCCGAUACUAUCUGCUGCUGACAGCAGGCGAAUUGUCCCAUGUAAACCCCACCAUCCCGCUGUGUCACACGUCCUUCUCCGAGUUGCUCCUAUCUCUGAUUUACGUUGUGUUUCUGAUUGCGUUCGUCGCCAUUCUGGCGAUCAAAUCGCGCGGCAUUCGGGACAACUAUCGCGAGGCAACGUACAUCGGUCUGGCCGUGGGAGGCAUCAUUCCGAUCUGGUUGGGCUGGACCCUGUGCGGACUGGCCGUGGCCGACCGGCACCGGGACGCGUGUUUAGCCUUCGGACUCGUUGCCACCGCUUCGACUGUGUUUCUGGUAAUGUUCAUGCCCAAGGGCCGUCAGCUGGCCGCCAUGGGCAAGGAAGGCCUGUACGUGGAAGAUCGCGAGGAACGCUUCAGUUCGUUGAGCCGUGCCGGAUCCGGAUAUUCGCCAUCGUUUUUCCACUUCAAGCCCAUCAAGUACGGGGUGAUGGGUGCCUCACCGACGCUGCAGACCACCAACGGAACGGUGGUCGGAACUACGACCACUUCCAAGCAUCAGGCCGUUGCGACGCUGGGAGGAGCUUGUUUCAUGCGGACUCCUUCGGAGCCGAAGGAGGUUCAACAAACUUCCAAAUCUCGGGCCGACCGAAGCACGUUCGAUCGAUCGAUCGACGAAGUCUUCUUCUAUUUAGAUCAACCGCCCGAUCGAUUCGCCCUGAAGAAGCCUUUCUAA